CUAAAAAGCUUCUAAUGAAAUCGUAAAAAUUGCAACAUGGUACUAAUGGGAUGGAAACAAUCUCAUUUCCAUGGAAUAUUGGAGGGUCACUUAAUGGCGAUGGUCACUGGCUUUAAAUGAUCUGUCGCAGAAAAGUGAUGCGGGAUAGAAAUGUUCACCCGUUACUUCGGAGGCAGCAAGGACCCUAAUUGUUUGUCCACAAUAACGGUAUCCGACAUUGAUUGCUUGCCGGCUGCCCGCCACUGAUAAAGGGACGCAGGCGGGAAAAUAAUUCACUUCUCAAAAUUAUCAUACUAUGUAAUGCCGUGUUCCAUGAUUGCCAAGGAUAUGUAACCACUACCAUACAUAACUCGAUAUGAUUAAUAUAAAAUGACAGUGAAUAGACUGAUACAUUGCAAAAAUUAAGCGCUUAUUGCCCAAAGCCGUACCAGUUUCAGGGAUCAUUGUCAAUCGAUGCCUGUCAAUUUGCUGGUUUAUUUGAUUUUAACACUUUUUGAAUGUCGUGGAAAUUGUUGUUUGCGCACGCGUUGAGCCAAUCUGAUUCAUAAGGAGCUGUUUUGGACGUUUCAAAAAAUUUGGACCGCUUGGCUUUUUCUAGGUGUGAAAGUAGAGCAGGACGAUACCGCGUAAUGGCAGUCUUGGUGCAGUGCAUAUUUUUAGUUAUCAUUUCCCUUCUGAUUCUCAACCAAAGACUUGUUGUUCAUGGUGCAAUAUGUAGUGCAUCGUGUUGCGUAGAAAAGAGAGAUCCUUAUAAUCAAAGUUCAGAAGUCAUCGAAGUCAAUUGCCAAAGUCAAGGACUUGAAAUGUUCCCCAACCUGACUGAGUACGAAGGCUUGCUGAUACAACGCUUGGAUUUACGGAACAAUUCGUUUUCCAAAUUUACAGUAACUCGUGAUGUCUUUGAUGGUGCUAGAUUUUAUGAACUGGAUUUGGACAAUAAUCAGUUCCUUGAUAUAGAAUAUAAUGCAUUCACUCAUUUGAAGGAACUUAAAAAACUGUCCUUAAAUAAUUGUGGCCUUGAAUCUGCAGACCUUGAUUUUAUACGCAAUAUCCCAACUUUAUCCGUUUUAUCUCUCAGAUCAAAUAGAAUAAAGGAACUUGAAGAUCAAAGCGUGUUCGCGGGAUCGCCGCUGAAAAAACUCGACCUAAGUCACAAUUCUGAUCUUCGUAUCCAAGUGAAGGUUUUAGCACCUACCUUGACCUAUUUAGCAUUGGACUAUUCCGACAUUGAAAUUUCAAAUCUUACGUUUUUAUAUAACCUGGGUAACUUAAAGACUUUAUCAUUAGAUGGUGCUCAUUCAACACAGUACAAUAGCAUACAAGAUGGUGCUUUCGAAAAACUUAAGCUUUCAGCCUUGGAAUCACUUUCGCUGUCUAGUUCUGGUUUGAAGGUUAUAUUCAGAGAAGCAUUCGAUGGACUUGAUAACUUGAAGUAUUUGGAUCUUUCCAGGAACGAACUGAGUAACUUAAUCUUCGAAGUAACGGGAAGGAUACCUCGUCUACAAGUGCUCAAGUUAUCAUACAACACAGAUAUACAAUCUAUCAUGAAAAUUACAAACAGAAACUUGAGUGAGUUACACAUGGAAGGGACCGGAGUCAAUCUCAUUUCUUAUGAUGCUUUCAGAGUUGUCGGGGACUCCCUUGUCAAUCUUAACCUGAGGUCUUGUCAACUUCCGCCGGAAGGGAUGUUCCUCGUAGAUGCAUUUCGGUCACUUAGGUCGUUGAGAAAAUUAGACUUAUCGUACAAUUACCUGAGGGAGAUAUUCAAUGAAACGUUCGAUGAAUUAAAUGAACUUGAAGAACUCGAUCUAAGUGGAAACAUUUUAACUUUUAGUAAAACUGACUUCAGUGGUCUUGAAGAAUCACUAAAAUCUUUAAAACUACAAAAUAUGUCACUACAGGUUUUGCCAUUAGCAUUACUGUCUACUUUAGAAAAUCUACAGGAAUUGGACGCCUCAUUUAACAAUUUCACAAAUAUUACCAAGAGGUUUUUCGAAGGGAUAUCUGUGCAAACUUUAAAUCUAACAAGUUGCAACAUCUCUGAAAUCCACGAGGAUUCAUUCAAGCAAUUCAACAGAACUAAUGUAAUUUUGGAUGGAAACAACAUUACUGAUGUCGAGUUUCUAAGCGUGUUAAAUCGCAAUACAUUUCGAACAUUAACCAUGCGCGGUAAUAAUAUCAAUUGUAGCGUACUAAAUCAUGAAGUUCACUUAGUGGUUUUCGAAAAAUUGGAAGGUUAUUGUUCUAUUGGGAAUCAAUCAGAACAGCUAGGUAAAUACUUCUCAGAAAAACUGAACAUGAGUUGGACCAAUUCCGCAGGUAAAAAGGGCUGGAAUCAAAUUGUGUUUUUAAUUAUUUCAAUCGUGACAAUAGGUUUGUCUCAAUUAUAACAAUGCAAAGUUAAUGAUAUGAAGUAUUAUAUACUGCAGCAACCCUAGGUUAAAAUGGCAUUUUAUAGACUCGUUUAUAUGUGGUAUUCUGCUGAAUAUUAUGUAACACCUGUACGUGUAUCACUGUUGUGUAAUAUAUGGCUAAUUGUUGCGUAUGUUCAUUUAUUUUAAUUUUUUAAAGUCUGUAUAACAUUUAUAUACAUUACGUAUGAAUGUCUGUCAAAAUGCUUUGUUUUGAUAUAUGCUUUAACAGUC